AUGAAGUAUCUUGUGUUACUCGGACAACUGCCCGGCGAGGGACUUUGGGCUACGGCGGAGGAUUACAACGGACUUGUUUCUCACAUGAAAGAAGCAUUUGGAGUUGAUUACAAUCCAAUCUUUAAGUACAAACUUCCAUGCAACCCUAAGAUGCUUAGUCCACCAAAUGGAACGUGUCAUAUCAUUAUUGACGACGAGGAUGAUUUUCAAAUAUGGAAGAAUGGACGUGUCCCAGUGAAUCGACACCGCGAUGCACUGGACGAUAUUCAUCACCCCCCCACACCACUGACGACGACAUUGUAUGUGUUCAGGAAAGAUGUACAUUCCUUUUCAACAUCCAAAUUAGAGGAUUCGGGCAGGACGAGUCGUCAUGUGGAAUUAAAGAGUGGUGCGGAACGUCCUAGUCCUGAAGUAUUGCACGCGGAACAUGAUGUUGUAAAAAUGCCGCUUUACUCAUUGCUUCCGCCACUUCUUCUACUUCAACUCGGUGUGCGUGUGGCUCUUCGGCAUAGCAAUGCAGCAGAAGCCAUUUUGUUCAGUAGCCGAUCCGUGUCUGGUGCGGGUGAGGGUCACUGGGGAUUAAUGGUGCGAAAAGCGCAGUCUGCGUGGGGGGUACUUCGCCCAUCUUUUCGCUAUCUGGACCUUGACCACGGCGUCACGGCAAUGAACAUAUUUAACGUGCGGGAUUAUAUGUUUUGGAGUCGAGGUGUGGGUCGUGAAAGGGUGGAGUUGGUGGUGCUGGAGCAUGUUUAUCGUGAUGCAUCCCACGCUUCACCUCUCUCGGGUUUGUUGACUGCAGGGAUCGAGAAGUCUCGCACGGCGGAGACGAAAUAUGCCUCUUCCAACACCAUUGCCGCCCGUCAGAUAGACGGCACUCUCGGGAACAGGUGUAACUACACCGUUACGACGGAGGCGACUGUUAGAGGAGUGCAUUGUGGGUUAUAUGGCCCCUCGUUCACCACGGAUGCGUUGAUUCCACCCAAAUAUUCCGAAUUAGAGGCUGAGGUAGUGAAUUCUUUAGAGCAUCAUCGAACUCUUGUUGGUAAUCUUACACGGAGUGGGUUGUUUUAA